AGACUAAGUAAAAAAAAAAAAGAUGGCGGCCUUCGUAUCCGUCUUUUCAGAUAUUUGCAGGCUUUUCCUCUAAGAAGUACCGUGCAUUCUGCUUUAAAUGUAACAAGAUCAUAUUUUAAGUAUCAGGGAUUAUUGGUAAUGCGACAGAAGUGGUCUCUGAGGCCGGAAGCUUGUGGAAUAUGGCGAAAGCCAAGCAUCUGUUGUUUAUAAUCGUCACUUUGUCGGCGGUGCAUCAAGUUCUUGGCAAAGAAGUUGAAUUAGAGAAAUGUCCCGGGCAGUACUGCGGAAGAGUGCAAGAUCGUAAUGGCAAAUUUGGAAAGUGCCAGGCUUGUCCUAGAGGUUACCGGUCAUAUGGGGACCUUUGUGUAAAGUGCACCAAGUCCUUACGACUCCAUGACUGGCUUUAUCUGGGCUUCAUCAUCCUCACUGUCAUAGUUCUUCACUGGUUCUUCAUUGACUAUUUUGUUCAAAGAGUGAGACAAAACAUGAUACUCCUAUUUGUGAGUUCUGUAAUAGAGACCACCUUGGCAGCCAUAUUCACUCUGCUAGUUAAUGAACCUAAAGGCACCUUGAACUUAACGGCUUGUUGGACAGAGAGACUAUCAGACUGGUACACAGUAUUCUUCAACCCUAAACCUGACUAUGUGAAUACAAUUCAUUGCACAAAUGAGGCUGUCUAUCCCCUGUACACUAUAGUGCUUACGUUCCAUGCAAUAGCUGUGACCAUGUUAAUCCUGAUCAGACCAGUUCUGUCCCAUCGCAUGUGCGCAGGGAGUGGCCUUUCCUCCAUCUAUGCAGCUAUGUAUUUCCUGCCUGUGUUGGCUGCCGUCCAUGCUCUGUUAGGGGGACUGCUGUACUAUUCCUAUCCAUACAUAACUCUGGUUGUAUCCGUCAUAAGUACAGCAGUAGUGCUAUCGAAAAACAAGAUAACAAACAUCCGCCAACUAAUGGGCAGUAAACGGCACAUCUCAAUCGUGUUUGGUCAUUGGCUGAUCAAUGCGUAUGGAUUACUGGCCGUGACGGAAGUAACGCAACCCUCCGUACACGGACCCAUGUUCCUGCUUGUCACAACACCAGUGUUAUUCUACCUCGCGACGUCAAGCCUCACAGAACCGAAUAAAUUCAAGCAGCUACUAGCAGGAUAAAGAUACUGCCGGAUGUUCAAAUUCCCUCGUUAUUGCGUGACCCAAUGUUAUUGCGUGACGUUUUAAAGUGCGUGGCAUUCAUGACGGGAGCCAUGCUGGAAGAUCCAGCGUACUUUGCGAGCGUUUAAAAAAAAAGCGCUUGUCCGUGAGCAUGGACUGAAGCGAUAGCGAUCACUUUCAUUGCGAGAAUUUCCAAAAGAACUAUGCCAUGAAAUCGAUAUAUCAUAGGAAUUAAUCAUAAGCCUAAUAUCUGUUGGGACUGGGUGAAAAAUGAGUUGAUGGAGCUGUUGUCUGGAUUUGCCGAACUGCACAGGUAAUAGACUGUGCUAGCGUCCCGUCUUGGCCCGACUGGUGCCAAUGUGUGUAUGCUAGUGUGCUUUUAAAGUCCACAUUUAUGUAUACAUACUCGCAAGGAUAGUUUGGCUAUCCGACGGAGUUUUAGACUAGCAAAGGUCGCAUGCGUGAUCCGCACAAUUGGCAUCACGCUAGCACGGUCGCAGCUCUAGAUCCCACAUGGAUCUAAGCUGUGGUUUAAAGCACUUCGUUCGAGUCGAAGUCGCCCUGCAGUUUUUUUUUUGCCGAUGAAGUUUAACUGAGGCAAACCGGCUAUGCCAUGCUGACGAGUCCUAAUAAGGACGAAACAGCUGUCCAUGGUUGCCGAACUGCACAGGUAAUAGACUGUGCUAGCGUCCCGUCUUGGCCCGACUGGUGCCAAUGUGUGUAUGCUAGUGUGUUUUUAAAGUCCACAUUUACAGAUAUAACAACAUGAAGGUUUUUACUGCACUUGAAAAUGCGUGGCAUGGUGUCAAUGAUAAUUCGUGAAAAAAAAUGUUACUAGAGUUUAGGUCAUAAAUUAUAGAUACAAACAAAAGUCAUCCAUCAUUAGAUAAUAAUAAAACCCAGAAAAGAUUAAGAUGGAAGUAAAGACAUGCGUUAAGCAUA